ACUUCGGCACCGCUUUAGUCCGACCCAGCCCAAAUCCUCCUCACAUUUCGCCAUCUAGAUGACCACAGCCGGACCUUCUCGCCGCCGGCGAGCACCUCGUACCCAUCCCCCUCUCCCUCUCAUCGCCAUCGUCCUCCUACUCGUCUUCCCGGCGCCACUACGCACUUGCGCGCUCCGCGUCCCACUGCGCGAGGUGGCCACCCUCCUCUCCCUCUCCCAGUCCCUCCUCACCCGCGUCGCCGUCGCCCGCGCCGACAGGGGAGACGCCGCUGCCUCAGAGCGCGCUCGCCGAAUCGCCUCACACCUCUCCCUUCUUUCCUCUCGCGGCGCGUGGGCCCUCGGCUGGGACUAUCUCCGCCACUACGCCUUCUCCUCCGCCGCCGGGUGCGGCCUCUCCUGCGCCACCGCGGCCGCCCGCCUCCUCGCCGCUGCGGCGGAGGCCUCGCGCCUACAGUCACCCGCCGAUACCGCCCAGUGGCUGCGCCGUAAUUACGGUGACCUCCGAGCCGCCGCCACGCAGCUCCUCAGUGGCCUCCUCUCUGGCUUCUCCGAGCAGGGGCCGUUAAGAGAGGUGGUGUUGGACGUUAAGUGGGAGGUGGAGGAAGGGGGGCUGCUGAAGGAUUGCCUUAAGGUGGGAGCGAGGGACUUGGAGGGUUUACUUGUCAUCGCCAAAGAUCUGUUUGGUGCUUCGAGGGCUUCUUCACGCCACAACGAACUCUGAGGGAAUCCUGAACAAGAAACUACAUAUAUCCCAAUGUUCCAUUGUGUCAGCAGCCGAUGAAGAAUCCUUCAGAUCCAACAGUUCACCUGGACAUUUAAAGCCCAUCAAGUUUGGUAAUCCUGCAUACAACAACACUCUGUAGAUUAAGCUAUCUUAUCAUAUUCACUAGCGUUCAAAAACAGAAAAGUUUACCCUGCUGUUUAAUGACAUGGGAUCUUCAACUGUGAGUACAAUUGUAUCAUGCUCCUUGGGUGCUGAUCUGGCUUAGUUAACUUUGGAUAGUGAGUACUGUUUUUUACCAAGAGAUAACAUCUAGAUGGUUGCAAGGCUGUUGUUACUAGUGCCUUUACCAGUGUGGGAACCAUGUAAACUUCUUCGGUUAAAAAAUAACUUCGUUGCACAUUGAAUUUACUACUCCAAUAAAUUGUGAGAUUACGCUUA